AUCUCUCACUUGUCCCAAAGUCCACGCCUGGCGACUCUCACUCUUUUUGAUGAUCAUUGAACAGGUCGAUCGAGUUUCUUCUGCAGGUUUAGGAUUUUGAUCAAUUUUGGAAUCUAAUUAGUGAAAGAUGGCGUCAAUCAACGGUGGUGCAAGCUUCAAAGUAAGUAGGAAAAGUCCUGAGCUAAUCCGGGCGGCGAAGCCCACUCCUCAUGAAUUGAGAAUCCUCUCCGACAUCGACGAUCAAGACGGCCUCCGUUUUCAGAUGCCGCUGGCGCUAAUAUACCGGUAUAGCCCCUCCAUGGAAGGGAGAGAUCCUGUUAGGGUUAUUCGCGAUGCUGUCGCCAAGGCACUGGUCUUCUACUACCCCUUUGCCGGCCGGCUUAGGGAAGUAGCCACUAGGAAACUCGUGGUAGAGUGCACCGGCGAGGGGGUGUUGUUCAUUGAGGCCGACGCCGACGCCACUCUGCAACAGCUUGGCACACUUCUACCGCCGAUCCAAAACCUCCACGAGCUGCUCUACGAUGUCCCUGGCUCCGCAGGAGUCAUCGAUUGCCCUUUGAUGCUUAUUCAGGUUACACGCUUACUAUGUGGUGGAUUCGUCUUUGCCUGGCGCUACAAUCACACCAUGGCCGACGGUGCAGGGAUUCACCAAUUCAUAAAAGCAGUAUGCGAACUAGCCCGUGGUGCUGAACGCCCUUCUGUUAUACCAGUUUGGGAGAGACACAUACUAUGUGCUCGUUACCCACCACGCGAGACAAUGAGACACCCUGAGCAUGAUAUUGUGGUUGACACAAAGCGAACCACUAUCGCACAUGAUCGCGUGGUGCGACAUUUCUUCUUCGGUCCCACUGAGAUCUCCACCCUUCGCCAGAGCUUACCUCCGCACCUCCAAAGUUGCACCAAGUUUCAAAUUGUGACAGCCUGCAUGUGGCGCUGCCGAACAAUUGCCACCUUUUCUGACCCUAACGAAGUGUUUAGAGUGCUUUGUGUUAUGAAUAUUCGUGAGCAAAUGAACCCUCCUCUCCCACAAGGGUACUAUGGUAACGCUAUCGUUUACCCUGCAGCAGUCGCCACUGCUGAGAUGUUAUUGAAAAACCCAUUGCAUUAUGCAGUAGAGCUAGUUAGGAAGGCGAUACAAGGAGCAACGGAGGAGUUUGUUAAAUCAGUGGUGGAUUUGAUGGUGUUGAGAGGGCGCCCAAAUUUGACUGGGGUGCAAACUUAUUUGGUGUCCUCUGCGAGAGUGUUUGAAGUGGAUGUUGGUUGGGGGCAGCCCGCAUACGGUGGAGUGGCAAGAGCUGGUGUGGAUUCAUUUCCGCGUGCAGUUAGUUAUUUUAUGCGCAUUAAGAAUAGCAAUGGUGAGGAUGGGAUAAUGGUCCCCAUAUGCUUACCGCCGAAAGCCAUGGAUGUACUCGUUGAUGAGCUUCAGAAGAUGCUGCCGGGUCGAAGCUCAAUUGCUUCAGCGCUCUAAGUGUGGCUCCUCUGUUGAGAACUACCUGCAACGCCUACGAGUGUUGCUCGUGGGUAGGUGUGCUUGGGAUAGCUCGACUCCAGAUUGUUACUUGUUUGUAACUAUAUAGGGAUAGGUUAUGUAUAUCUUCUCGAUCCAUCAUUCAGUCAUACUUAAAAAGUGUA